CAAGAAUAUUUUUUUCUUUUUAAAUAAAAAUUUAGAUUGAACGAGCACUCGGUCACAAGCUUAACUUGACAUUUGAGGUUAUGUUCAGUUAUCAAAAUGUGCACUUUUCGAAUUAGUUUUUAAGUGUAAUUGAAAUAUUUUCGCGGUCUGUACUAACUCACUUGACUUUUUAAUUAUUUAAAUGAAAUUUGCGUGAUGAAUAUUUAUAAAAUUAUCGCAAAGUUGCCACGAAAUCUCACCGGUAUAAAAGACUCCAAGUGUGUCCUCUUUCGCACCUUCUCCCUGUCUCAAAAACUUACCAGUGAUGAGAAGAAAUCAGAAGAAUCUCCGCUCAAAAAACUCCUUGACGAAUCUGCCACAUUUGAGGACCUUCGCCCCCAGACCCAGGAGCAGCAAUGGGCGACAUUGCCUUACCCCCAAGGUACAAAAAUUCGGAAACAGGGCGAAUCGUUUAUCGAGAAACCUAAACACGACCCUCGCGAAUCGACAAUAAUUUUAUUUCCGGGUCAGGGGAGUCAGUUUGUUGGUAUGGCCAAAGAUUUGCUCAAAUAUCCCAUGGCUAGAGAUUUAUUCGAGUUGGCUAAUUAUAUUUUAAACUAUGAUUUGUUAAAAUUGUGUCUUGAGGGCCCCAAAGACAAGUUAGAUCAAACGAAGUAUUCUCAACCGGCAAUAAUGGUGAGUUCCUUGGCCGCUAUAGAAAGACUGAAAGAGGAGAGGCCGAAGGCUAUUGAGAGUUGUGUGGCGACUGCAGGGUUCAGUUUGGGGGAAAUUACUGCGUUGGUGUUCGCUGGGGCUAUUGGGUUUGAGCGAGGGUUGAAAUUGGUUCAAAUUCGGGGGGAAGCCAUGCAAUUGGCUUGUGAGGCAUAUAAAGGCGGAAUGGUGACAGUAAUGUACAAUCCCGACUCGAAAUUAAAUCAAGCAAUUCGGAAAGCCAAAGAAUGGGCAACAGACAAGGGCGAUUUAAUGCCAGAAUGUCAAAUCGCCAAUUAUUUGUACCCCCAUUGUAAAGUCAUCGCCGGGAGCGAAUCUGCACUGGAUUAUUUAGAAAAAAACGCCAAAGAAUACAAUUUGAAAAAAGUUAAAAGGCUUGCAGUCAGUGGCGCUUUUCAUUCAAAUUUAAUGUUACCAGCGGUUGAACCGUUUAGAAAAGCGUUAAAUAAAUCAGAAAUAAACAAUCCUGUAAUUAGCGUUUAUUCAAAUGUUGAUGGGAAAAGGUAUAAAGACGCUCAACAUAUCAAAAAACAGUUACCUAAACAGAUUGUUAAACCUGUGAAAUGGGAACAACUUCUUCAUGUUGUUUACGAAAGGAGUCAAGGGGAGUAUUUUCCAAGGACGUUUGAGUGUGGGCCAGGGACGUCACUUAGGGCUAUUCUUAAGCAAGUGAAUGCUAAGGCGUGGACCACGUGCUUUAAUAUUCUAGUGUAGAUUUUAUUUUCUACUAGUUUUUUUUUUAAUAAAAUUAUUAAAAUAAUAA